CCAUUCCGCAGCUGGUGGUUCGUCUGCGCGCUGACAGCAACAGCCGUGUGUCUCUUAUACCGACAGCGAGUAUCAACAGUGAGUUUACUCGUUGUUGAGCCUCGGAAAGCUUCGCAUCAGCUCCCCAAACUCCUUUUUUCCCUCUUCUCCGGCACGUGACGCCACAGCGGGACUUCUUAUUGCCAAAACUGUCUGCAACUGGUGUUCGUGGAGGAAGAGGACGACGGCGCAGCGACUGAGCGCUGAACAUCCUGCACCGCGUCCUCUACCCCCAAGAUCCUCUGGUUUCAGUUUAACAAUGUGAUUCCAUCUCGCGUUUCACAGUGAGUCUAAUCGAAGUCGGCCCACAUUUUUUUUGGAGUCAUCCAUCAUUCUGGGGGAGUCCUACCAUGUGAGCUCAUGCAGGACGUGAAAGAACCCCGGCCCGUGUAGGUAGAUCUGCUGGUCUUCGCUGUGAUACUUCAAGGCCAGCGAACUUACCGGCUGGAGAAAACCUUGCGCUCUCUCCGCUCGGCGAUGCAUUAACGCCGAGCAUCCUGAGACCCUCUGCAGCUGCGAUGGCCGCCGCCUCCUCCUCCUCUCCGGUUAAGGCCGAACCCCUCCUCCAGCUCCAGGAGGUGGACUCCAGCCGAAUCGGCGGCCGCGUCCUUCACGCGGUCCAGGGCCCCUCGUCACCUGGCUUCACCCUGGAAGCGAUUCAGCCCAUCUGCAUCCCCUCGCCUUACACCGACCUCGGGCACGACUUCAGCCCCAUUCCGUUCUACAGUCCCACCAUAUUUACGUACGCCAGCCCGGGCAUUUCCGACUGCGCCGCCGUCCACCGGUCGCUGAGCCCCUCCUUAUUCUGGCCCAGCCACGGGCACGCAGGGCCGCCUCCGCACCAGGCCCAGGCCCGGCCCCAGCCCGGGCCGGCCGCCCAGAGUCCGUGGGUGGAGCUGACGCAGCGGGACAGCGCCCUGACGACCAGUAAGAGUGUGAGGAGGCGUUCUCAGGAGGGCGAGGACGCCGUGGUGUCAUCCGGCGGCAAGGCGGACCUCCACUACUGUGCCGUGUGUCACGACUACGCCUCGGGCUACCACUACGGCGUGUGGUCGUGUGAGGGCUGCAAGGCCUUCUUCAAGAGGAGCAUCCAAGGACACAACGACUACAUCUGUCCAGCAACCAAUCAAUGCACCAUCGACAAGAACCGCCGCAAGAGCUGCCAGGCGUGUCGCCUGCGCAAGUGCUGCGAAGUUGGCAUGACCAAGUGUGGUAUGCGAAAGGAGCGCGCAAACAACCGGAACCCACAGGCGAGGCGAGUGACCCGUCUGUCCUCUCAGGGAAGAACCAACGGAGCGAAAGCGCUGGCCGGGCCGGAGGUCAGUUUGCCGAAUGAGCCCCACCCUCCUGCGCUGACCCCGGAACAGCUGAUAGGACGAAUAAUGGAGGCGGAGCCGCCGGAGAUCCUCCUCAUGAAGGACAUGAGGGGCCGCGUGACUGAAGCCAACAUCAUGAUGUCGCUCACCAACCUGGCUGAUAAGGAGCUGGUGCACAUGAUCAGCUGGGCCAAGAAGAUCCCAGGGUUCGUAGAGCUCAGCCUUUUGGACCAGGUGCACCUGCUGGAGUGCUGCUGGCUGGAGGUACUGAUGAUCGGACUGAUGUGGAGGUCAGUGGACCAUCCAGGGAAACUUAUCUUCUCCCCUGACCUGAGCCUGAGCAGAGAAGAGGGGAGCUGCGUCCAGGGCCUCUCAGAAAUCUUUGAUAUGCUGAUAGCUGCCACGUCCAGGGUGAGAGAACUCAAGCUCCAGAGAGAGGAGUAUGUCUGCCUCAAGGCCAUGAUCCUCCUUAACUCCAACAUGUGCCUCAGCUCGUCGGAGGGCAGCGGGGAGCUGCAGAGCCGCUCCAAGCUGCUGCGUCUCCUGGACGCCGUGACGGACGCACUGGUGUGGGCCAUCGCAAAGACCGGCCUCACCUUCCGCCAGCAGUACACCCGCCUCGCUCACCUGCUCAUGAUGCUGUCACACAUCCGCCAUGCCAGCAACAAGGGCAUGGACCACCUCCACUGCAUGAAGAUGAAGAACAUGGUGCCUCUGUACGACCUGCUGCUGGAGAUGUUGGACGCCCACAUCAUGCACGGCUCCCGUCUGUCCCGCCGGCCUCCGCAGGGGCCCGGGGACCAGACGCAGGUCCCUGCUCGGCCAAACAACCCCAGCGGCGGGCCCUCGAAUACCUGGACUCCCGGCAGCACAGGGAGUUAAGCGAUUAGAUGCAAAGAGUUUUUACCGCUUUGCACAAAAGUAAUUCACAAGACCGACGAGACAUUUUUCUGGGACGUUUGGCUGAUUUCUGUGGACCCUUUGCACUAAUUCUAGUGCACUUUUGAUGUGAGCAUGUUACUCUGCAGACAGUCUAACCUGCCAGUAUUCAUCGCCUCAUCGCUACAUAUUAACAAAAAGUACAAUGGAAAGGAAUGAAUCAUUUGGCCAGUAGCACCAGUUCUUGUUUAAACGUGAAUCCUAUGUUACUAACGUGAUUUUUUUCCCUUUUCAUCUCUGAUCAUGUUGAUAAUUUCAUCAGGUAUUAUUCUAGAGGUCACUCAGAACGCUGGGUUUAACUGAAGAGACGAUAACCACACCAAGAAAAGGAUAUAUGCACAGUCCCUGUGAGAUACAGGCGAUUUCAUGAGUUGUUAUAGAUCUGCUUUCUUUUAUUUGAGAGCUGGCUGAAUAUUAUAUUUGCAUGGCAUUUUUCAUUCACAUGAUACAAAUACCUUGAUUUGUCAGGUAUUUAUUUGACUGGACUAGAUAAACAUUCCGAUUUAGUCAUUUAAUCUAUCCGAAUUUUUAUAAUGUAUAAUCUCUUCAUCUUUACGCAAAUAACCAUAUUCACUUUCUUGCCAAGAUUUUCAUUAGAUCGAUGGAUCAAGACCUCUAAGCAAUAAAUAUGUAUUGCAGAACUGAUUAGCAUGAAGACUGAAAGAAGAGGAAAACAGCCAGCAGUGAAACCUGCAAUAUUUUGGUUGUUUAAUACGUAUUGAGGGAACUUAAACAAUGUGACAUUUUAGUUUUUGUUCAGAUCAAACAGUUAGUGAGCUUCAGAGUUUCUGGUAACGGUUAGUUAAUAUUAAAAUUGACGUACACAGACCUGAACGGUCUUAAUCCUCUCAUCCGACUCUUGGCAAGAAAUGCAACAGGUGUACUGCACCUAUUUCUUUUAUGCAAAAUGACAUAGGUUACCGAAGACAAUAUAGUUUGUUAAUAUUCAACAAUAAAAACUCCUGUAAGACCAUGACGGCAUAAAUGUGGCUCAAAUAUGUAAGUUGUUUAAAAACGUUUUUAACUCUGUUGAAAUAAAUACAAUCUUGUGCGAUACAUAGACCAAACACAUCUUUCAGGCCACUGAAAGAUUGAAAAAGUAAUUGAGAACCGACCUUUAGACACGUGGGGCUCGACUUUCUCAAGUGUCCCCGUCCUGGCUUUCUCAUCACAGACAUUGCUGUUUGCAGCGAGGGAAAAAAAAUAAUCAAAACCAUCGCUGCUCUUGAGACAACGCUGCACUCCGACUUGUGAACAUACAAGCUCAAACUGGGGAAUUAUUUUUGUAUGUUAGAACUGUGGACGGAAGACGACCUGUGUGUGUGCGUUAGUGCUUCGACGACCGGGAUCAUUGAAGGAAGCAUAAUGUGUAAAUAGGUAGACUGUGCUUUUCCUCUGCACUCUGUAACCAUUCUUGUAAGCUCUAUUUUCACUGUGCACUUCAGUUGUACUUAUAAUGUGCUGUAAGAAAAAUAUUGCUUGACACCGGCAAAAUCAUUACACAGGACAUGUAUUAAUAGGGGGUCGUCGUGGCGCAGGGGUUAUAGAAGGUGUGCUGGGAAGCACAAGGUUGGUGGUUCGAUUCAAGGCUGCCCCAUGUCGCCCCAAGUGUCCCUGAGCAAGACACCUAACCCCUAAUUGCUCCCCGGGCAAAAAUGUGAAAAAGCCAUGGGUUUAAAGUGUAAUGUAAGCCGCUUUGGAUAAAAGCGUCUGCUUAAUGACCUGUAAUGUAAAAGUAGGAGACAGGACUGACAACGUACACAGUUUUAAUGCAUCAGGGCUUCUCGAGGAUCUUCUCCACCAGCGCCUAAUAUAUAAAUAUAAAUAUAUAUAUAGCUAAAAGAUCACAUAAUGAAGCAGGGGCCUUUGUGUGCCGGUAAUCGUCCUUGGAUGCAGACCAUCAUGUUCUUUACCCUACAAGUCAUCAGGAGGUGAUCCAGAGAUUUGAGGCAUGACGUACACGGUUAUGAUUGUAAGAGACACUCUUCUGUUUUAAAAGCCCUGCUGACUAUGACAUUACAUCAGUUUGUCCAGCAUGUGCCUAGUUUGUUUCUUGUGAAAGAAUUUCUGGGUGUUGCAUCAAUGAUCUCCAGUGUGUUCGACCACGAUGUUCGACCAGACCACGAACUAUGUCGUUUUUUGUUUGUUAUACAUUUAUCCAUUCUCUCCAGAAAAAGUAUUGCACCACCAUCACAAAUAAUACAAACCAAACUUUAAUACCCAAAAUAUUUUUUAUAUUAUACUUUAUGCACCAUGUGUGCGUAAAGCAAGCUGAUUAGCUUAGCACUAAGCUAACUGCUGGAAGCAGGGGGAACCAGCAAGCUUCACUCUCUCUUAAUUUUAGAAUCAGGUGUGGAUUUCUUUUGGAUUUUGCAAACGGCCUCCACGGCAUUUAGCUGCAUUCUACUUACUGUGUAUUUGUGUAUUUGACGUUUACGAGAAUAAUGCAGCACACUGCAUUAUUCUCGUAAACGCCAGAGGGUUUAAAAACCCAAUAUUCUGUCAAAACAAGAGCCAUAAACCAACAUCCAAAAUGACCAGGAGGGAUUGUAAUGAUCUGAACUCUAAUAUCUCAUAUUCAUGGACUACGUUGUGGCCUUUGUUCAAGCCCUGUAUAGAAAAAAUAAAAGUAAUAAACGAUUUUUCUUCAGAUAAGUCUUUGAGGGUACAGCCAUCGCUUCAUUUAUUACCACAGUAACGUCUUUAGUUUUGGCAAUUUCGGCAUCAGAAACUGCCUUCUCUGCUUUUUUUUGUAUCCGAUAAAUGGAAAUUAUUAAAUUUUAAUUCAAAUGCGGAGAAGUGGCGUAGUGACUUUGGCUACGACUCCUGUGGCAGCAGCAACCUGUCGAUCACAUUAAGCUCGCCCCAUUGCAUACUGGACCGUAAAUUACUAAACAGAAUACUUUAUUGAAGAAGAACUUUAAACUUGAGACCAUAAACUCAUGUUUUCUAAGUUAUUAAGGUAAUAAAUCAAAUGAGAAAUAUGACAAUUUUCUCAUAGACCUCUAUACAAGCCGACUGUUUGCGACCGCGGAUCGCCGCCCCCUGCUGGUCAGUAGACAGAAUGCACUCUUAAAAACACUUUCCAAGUUACAUAAAUUCCAAGGUCGAUACGGAGGGCUUGGGAGCACGCCGGCCGUCAUCACGCGCGCUGCUCGCGCCCUCCGUUCCCGCUAUUCAAAGCUUUAGCGUAGAAAAGGGAAUUAAGUGCGGUAACCAUUCGCUUGACAACAAAAGGAGGAAACCACGUAGUCUCAAAAUGAGCUGUUCGUAAUCUCUCCGCUAAAAAAUGCAAGCUCGGUUUUGGUGGAUCAAUAAUCAGAAUAACGUUUUGGUUGUAAUGCUUCUUCCGAUUUAGAAUUUUUAAAAGGACCAAAGAAUAUCCUGCAUGUAAAGUACUUAUUAACACAUGCAUUUGUUCAUUUUAGAUGGGAUACAAGAAAUGCUUUGAGUAAAAGUCUUAUAAGCACACAUAAACCCUUUGAUGUUAUAAAUAAGCUUUGUAUUAUUGCAUGUUUAUGUGUAUAAAUCUAACAUUACAAUGUUAACUGUCUUUGAUGUACAAGUAAAAUUUGAAUGACAGGACAAUGUAUUUGAUUUGAUUUAAAAGAAAAGCUGAUAAAAGCUAAGCAGGUUCUUGUUUACAGUCAUUAUGUGAAAAUAUUGUAAUUUUGUUAUUCGUUUUACAUUAUCCAGUGAUGGCUGGAAUAUAAAAUAACUCACCUGUUACUUCAAACUCCACCUUGACUAAAAAUACUAACAAAUUGUAGCACUUAAGUACUCUUAAGUGCUUAGUACUUAAAGGCUCUUUGUAUAGCAAGUUGUAAAUCGGCUUAUUUAAUGAAAUUGCACUUUCUUGUUUCUUGUUCUUUUGAGUUUGUAUCCUUAUGGUUGAAAUGCACUUAUUGUAACUCGCUUUGGAUAAAAGUGUCAGCUAAAUGACAUGUAAUGUAAUGUUACUGCUGCAGUAUUCUUUGUGCUUCACCUCUCCAUGUGUUAAUACAUGCCAUUUACCCCAAAAAUGCUGCGAAUCUUAAAAAUAUUAAAUAUUAUAUUCUUGG